AUGGAAUCUGUGUUAUUUAAAAUGGAUCCAGGUACAGGUGCUCUGAGUAUUGCUUCAAAUUUAACAAAUAAAAUAGGAUACAAGUGUUUCAAUGUUACUGCAAAAGACCAAGGAAAUCCACCAUUAAAUUCAACUACAUCUACUUGUAUUAAUGUUACUGACAUUAACAACAACAAUCCAAAAUUUGAAAAGCCAAAUGAUACAAUCAGCAUACCAGAGUCAACAUGUCCUGGCACUAAAAUAUAUACAGUCAUCAUAACAGACAAAGAUCGUGGUGUUAAUGCUAAAAUUAAUUAUGAACUGGAAAGUAAAGCUGAUAACAGUUAUUUUAAAAUAGAUAAAUCUGGAAAUGUUACUUUGGAGAAGAAGCUAGAUUAUGAAAAGAAAUCAUUAUACAAAGUUGAAAUAAAAGCUUCUGAUGCUGGUACUCCAUCGCUUCCUUCAAUUCCUGCAAUAUUUUUGUUAUCUGUGAAUGUUACAAACAUUAAUGAUGAGCCCCCUGAAUUUCUCCAGCCUAAUGACACAUUCACAAUUAAAGAAGGACCACCACCAAUAGCUAUUGGCUCAGUGAAGGCUAAAGAUUCUGGAUUUGAUUUAUGUUAUACUAUUGGUAAGUAAAAAAUUUGAAAACCU